CCACAGGAAACCCAAAAGAAUCGAGACCCGUCUCAAAAUGGCGGACGAGGAAAGUUCGUCUUCAUCAUUACUGUCGAAAGAUUUGAAACUUCCCCCCAAGACAGCUCGCGAUACCGGUUCAGUCGAUAUUAAAAAAGACGAGGACCCAUUUGGCGAGAUUUCCACGGACGCUAGAGCUAGACAAAGACUAGUUUCUGAGGGAUCUACGACGGCGGAAGCUGAAGAGAAAGAUCUAAAAGAAACAUGUCGGGUGGCCUUCGACAAGAUCACACAAUACCUGAAUGGUGAACUGACAGCAUCCCUGGAAGAUUACACACUGUUAGAGCAACUUAACAACUUGACAACUGAUAAAUACAAAGAGAUGUCGACAAUGACGAAAUCACUCAUAACAACCAUGGAAAAACUGGAUGAUAAAUACAAGAGUCUUCAACCAUACUUGGAACAAAUAGAUAGGAUUGAGGACAGUGUUUCCAGUCUCGAGCAAGCUGCUUACCGCCUUGAUGCCUACUCUAAGAAAUUAGAAAACAAAUUCAAAAGGCUGGAAAGAAGAUAGAUUUUAAAGCAGGAUUUUCAAGUGUAGACAGGACUAUAGUCUCCUCGACAGGGGUAAAACUCUUGAAAAGAACUUAAUUUGGAAUUAUUUUAAGGAGUGGGGGAAGGAGUGAGGUGCUAAAAAAGAGGAAAGAAAAGAAGACAGAGAAAAAAGAGAGAGGCAGUUUUGAAGAAAAUAGAAGAUUGGAAGCACUGAAGAACUUUUCAUGUCUGCCUUCCUCUAUAUCAACUUCUCUGAAAGGAAUACACUAUUUCUCAAAGUCUUGAACAUUUGCUUUAUUAAGGAGGUCAAAAGGCUGAUAUUUUUAUGUGCUUGGAUGAAUGGCCAUUUUUGUUUAAUGGGAUGUCUUUUCAAACUUUUUUUCAACUCUCAAAUUUCUCUCAUAUUUUAUUACAAGAAAAUAUUAAGUAUUAUUUAUAAUUUUACAAUAUCCUAGUGUGUUUUAGUAUACAGAAUUUUGAUUUGGGUUGGCUAUCUCUGUUGGCAUAAGAUUUCAAAUUCGGCACAGAAAUCUCGUCUAGCUUGCUGAAGUCUCACCUAAAUAAAUAAAAAGGAUAGAACAUCAAUUGCUUUACAACACAUCAUUGUUUACAAUUAGUUCUACGAUUAGUGAAGCAGUUCUAACUAUUUUACGAUUGUAGCAGAGAAAAUAUAUUCUAACAUGAAAAUUGAUUACCGCAAGGGACAGGGGAAAGCUGUGUAUAUUUGGUAAUAUGGUGUUGAAAGGCUAAAGGAUAGACAAUUCUGUGUAAAUGAAAAAGCUAGACAUUUA